AUGCUGUGCCCGCACACUCGUUGGCGGCGUCCUUCCUCCGUGGUGUCCACAUCUACAUCUUCGGCAUCGGCGGCCGCGGGUGUCAUCUAUGCCAGUGUGGGAGGGACAGCCAUCCUGCCUGGUGACGGUGUGGGGGGUCCGAACUGCUCCUCUGUGGAAUGGUCUGAUAAUCCAGAUGUUUCCGGCUUCACAUACACAUAUGAAAGAGGUAGCUAUAGAGUUUCCACCAGGAAGAUCUGGCCAGACGUGCCAUCUAAGCGAGCUGAAAGACUCAGUCUGCUGCCUGACUGUUCCCUCCACAUCACCAACAUCACCACUGAGGAUGAUGGAUUCUACAGAUGUGAAAAUCCCCUGAGUGGUCGGAGAAAAGAGUUUCUCCUUAUUCUUCUUGACGUUCCAUCUUCCCCCAGCGAGAUAGAGGCAGAGUCUGAAGAUCAUGUGACUCUCUCCUGUGUCCUUCACACUGGCUUUGACUGUGACCUGUCGACUGUGCAUCCGGAUUUUAACCUCAGCUGGGUGGAGGUGGAAGGGACUAACCUGUGGACCUCCACCAAUUACCAGAUCAGGAAAACAUCUGCCUGCAGCACCACCCUGACUGUCAAUCUCACAAGUCCCGCCCCUUACAGCCAGCGGAGGUGCCAGGUGACUACAGGAGGUCAAGUGCAGGUGUCUUCUGCCCUCUACACCUUUGGAUCCUUUCUAGCAGAUGUCUACAUGGUUGUGAGAUGGGCUGUUGUUUUGCUUCUGCUCGUCUGCGCCAUCACACUUGAAAUAAUCUGGAGGAGACGGAGAUCAAUGCUUAAAUAUGGACAAGGAGCACCUGCAAUUCAGCAAGAGGAUGAGCAAGAGGCAGAUGAUCAACCAUCUACUUCAAUCACCCAAGAACCCCAGCAAGAGUCCAUUUCAGAUUCCCAGUGAUCCCUCUGCUGAAGCUGAGCAGCCUGUAGUGUUGCAGCUCCGCCUACUCUUCAUCAUCACACUCUUCAUCAU